GGACCUUCGGGUGUUGAUCGGGACGGACACGUUACAGGACGGCACGGGGGAGGUGAGGACCAUCUCGAGGCUCCGUGUCCACCCGGCCUACAACCCCCGCCGGAACGACAACGACUUCAUGCUCCUGCGCCUCGACAGGCCCGUCCGCUUCGGGCCCACGGUCAAGAAGAUCCGCUUGGCCACCAGGUGUCCCACAGACGGCAUGAGGUGCAACGUCUCCGGUUGGGGCACCACCAAAUCACCUGGAGUGAAGCUGCCCCGGAAGCUGCAAUGCGCCGCCAUCCAGACCUUCGGCAGGGACAAGUGUUUCCGGGCCUACG